AUGAUCAUUCCUGUGCCCUUCAUCACCUCUGGUAAGAUCAUUGGCAGCAAGUGGGAGUCCUAUCUGGGGCUGCUACAGACGGAGUACACCCUGGGGAAUGCCCUGAAUGCUGGCCUGAAGUGUAACUGCUGCAGGUACAUGCUGCUGGCCCACGUGGACCUUAUCAAGAAGCUGCUGAGCAACACGCCCCUAGAGAAGUGACCAUGCAGAACUUUGAUGAAUGCACCAAUCUGUGCCUGCCAAAGCUAAUUAAACCUUGUGAAAUGGGGGUGGGGGAGCUCAGAGAAGAGCCUGGCCACAGCUUCAGAGGUAUGUUCUUUGCUGAACCACAGAAAAAAAGGGGAGGAUAUUGUCAUUUUUUAAAAUUUUUGCUAUUCUACAGGUGUGUAGUAAUAUGCCAUCUUUUUUGUUUUU